AGGGCUUCAUGCUGGAGGGGCCAACUUUAGAGUGCCUCGUGGGUCGCCCCUGAAUGUACGCCCAUCAUGGAGAGAAGGCGGAAUAGCGAGGGGAAGCAAGAAGAAGUCUGAUGUGGCAUGUCAGUAGCAGGUAGUCAGUCAAUCACUGCACUUUUCAAAGGGCCUGUAGGAUUGCCUCGUUCUGGGCAGAAAAGUCACUUUUGAAAAAUGUUGUUUGUCAACUGUCUGAGAUGUCAAGUAUUUGCAGUAUUCACUUCAUAGGAAGCGGUGAUUGUAAGGCAAGUGAUGAUAAUUGUGGGGGGUGGUUGUGCAUGUGGGAGGAGCUCGCCUCCUAAUAGGUGACGGGGCCCACUCGAGCUUAAUUACAGCGAACCAUGCAAGAUUUGUGCAUUUUUCACAAUGGGUUGGAAGCAACAGCUCAACAUAUUGGCUCUGCUCGGCUUUUUCACGGCAACGUCUCAUGCUCAGCCGGAUGUGUGUGGCAGCCCACCACUGAACACCAAGCUUGUCGGUGGCGGAGAUGCCCAGGAAGGAAGUUGGCCCUGGCAGGCUAGUCUGCAGAAUUUUGGCAGCCAUGUUUGUGGUGGUUCCCUCAUCAACAAGGAAUGGGUUUUGUCUGCUGCCCACUGUUUCUACGGCACAAGUGCCUACGGAUGGUCGGUUUCUCUCGGUCGUCAGAACCUGCAAGGAAACAACUCAAACGAAGUGACCAAGACUGUCGCCACCAUCAUUUUGCAUCCAGGCUUCAACAUUUUCACCCUGGACAAUGACAUCGCUCUGCUCAGAUUCUCCUCGCCAGUCACCUUCUCGGACUACGUCAGACCUGUGUGCCUGGCUGCCAACAGCAGCGUGUUCAACAACGCUACUCGCAGCUGGGUCACUGGUUGGGGCACAGUCCAGGACGGAGUGCCUGUCCCGUUCCCUGGAACAUUACGAGAAGUGGAAGUCCCAGUUCUGGGAAACAGACAAUGUAGCUGCCUAAUCGGAGUGGAUCUGGUCACAGACAAUAUCAUCUGCGCUGGUUUUCCAGAGGGAGGCAAAGACGCUUGUCAGGGCGACGCGGGAGGUCCGAUGGUGAGCGAGCAGGAUUCCAUCUGGAUCCAGUCUGGAAUCGUCAGAUUUGGAUUUGGCUGUGCUCGGCCCAACAACCCAGGGGUUUAUACCAGAGUGUCCCGCUACCAGUCGUGGAUCUACUCUCACAUGGGCUCCGAUAAGCCGGGCUUUGUGCAGUUCAACUCCAGCGGGCUGGAUGCGGACAGUAACUACACUUGCCCUGGUGCGCCUCCUGCCACUCCUGAAGGACCGGAUGCAGCCGAAGAUCUCGUGCCCACCCUGACAAGUGCCGAAUUGUGUGGAAUACCGUCACAGAGGAACAAGAUAGUUGGGGGCGAUGUUGUUGCAGCCGGAAGUUGGCCUUGGCAAGCUAGUCUGCAGACGUUUGGUAGCCAUGUUUGUGGUGGUACUCUCAUCAACAGUGAGUGGGUGCUGUCCGCUGCCCAUUGCUUCACCGGCAUAAGUACCACUGGGUGGUCCGUUUCUCUCGGCCGUAGGAACCUGGAGGGCAUUGAACCAAACGAAGUGGCCCUGCCUGUUGCUGAAAUCAUUCCGCAUCCUUUAUUUGACAAUCAAAUUUUCGACAAUGACAUUGCUCUGCUCAGACUCUCGUCUGCAGUCGAGUUCAACGCCUACGUCAGACCUGUGUGUCUGGCGGCCAACACCAGCGUGUUUAACAACGGUACUGAGAGCUGGGUCACCGGUUGGGGAUCAGUCCAGCAGGGAGUGCCUCUCCCCUCCCCUAAAACGCUACGAGAAGUGCAAGUCCCAGUUCUGGGAAACAGACAGUGUAACUGCCUAAACGGAGAAGGUGUAGUCACGGACAAUAUGCUCUGUGCUGGUUUUCUAGAAGGAGGAAAAGAUACUUGUCAGGGAGACUCAGGAGGUCCAAUGAUGAGUGAGCAGGACGGCAUCUGGAUCCAGUCCGGAAUCGUGAGUUUUGGAUUUGGCUGUGCUCGGCAGAACAACCCAGGGAUUUACACCAGAGUGUCCCGCUACCAGCCGUGGAUCGCCUCUCACAUCGGCUCCGAUAAGCCCGGCUUUGUGCACUUUGACUCCAGAGGGCCGGACGCUGACAGCAACUACUCUUGUCCUCUACCACCUCCUGAGGAUCUGUCCAGUGCUGAAUUGUGCGGCAGCCCACCGCUCAGCACAAAGAUUGUCGGUGGCGAAGAUGCUCAAGAGGGAAGUUGGCCCUGGCAGGCCAGUGUGCAGAUUUUUGCGACUCAUGUUUGUGGCGGUUCACUCAUUAACAGAGAGUGGGUGAUGUCUGCCGCCCACUGCUUCUCCAGCACAAGUACCUUCGGCUGGUCGGUUUCUCUCGGUCGUCAGAACCUGCUAGCAAGCAACCCAAACGAAGUGACCAAGACUGUCGCCACCAUCGUUUUGCAUCCAGGCUUCAACAUUUUCACCUUGGACAAUGACAUCGCUCUGCUCAGACUCUCCUCGCCAGUCACGUUCUCAGACUACAUCAGACCCGUGUGUCUGGCUGCCAACGGCAGUGUAAUCAACAAUGGCACUCACAGCUGGGUCACUGGUUGGGGAACCAUCCAGAGCGGAGUGCUUCUUCCCUUCCCUGCAACGCUACAAGAAGUCAACGUCCCAGUCGUAGGAAACAGACAGUGUAACUGCUUAAAUGGAGUGGGUUUGAUCACAGACAAUAUGAUCUGCGCUGGUUUUCCAGAAGGAGGGAAAGACGCUUGUCAGGGGGACUCGGGAGGUCCCAUGGUGAGUCAGCAUGAUGACGUCUGGAUCCAGUCUGGAAUCGUGAGUUUUGGCUUUGGCUGUGCGCGGCCAAACAAUCCAGGCGUUUAUGUGCGAGUGUCGCGCUACCAGUCGUGGAUCAACGCCCACAUCGGCCCAGAUAAGCCGGGCUUUAUGCACAUCGACUCCAGCGGAAUGGACGCUGAUAGCGACUACACUUGUCCUGGUCUACCGCCUCCUGUUACUGAAGGUCCCGCUACAAUCACAGAUGCCGUGCCCAGCAUAUCAAUUGUUGGGUGUGGCAUCCCGCUCCCGAAGACAAAGAUUGUCAGGGGUGGAGCUGCUCAAGAAGGAAGUUGGCCCUGGCAGGCGAGUCUGCAGAAUUUUGGUACCCAUGUUUGCGGUGGUUCCCUCAUAAACAGAGAGUGGGUACUGUCUGCUGCCCAGUGCUUCUCCAGCACAAGUGUCCUCGGAUGGUCGGCUUCUCUUGGUCUGCAGAACCUGAAGGGAAACAAUUCAAACAAAGUGUCCAGAAAUGUGCACACCAUCAUUUUACAUCCUGGCUUCGACAUCUUCAGCUUGGACAAUGACAUCGCUCUGCUCAGACUCUCCUCGCCAGUCACCUUCUCAGACUACAUCAGACCCGUGUGCCUGGCUGCCAACAGCAGCGUGUUCAACAAUGGUACUCGCAGCUGGGUCACUGGUUGGGGAACCGUUCAGCGCAGAGUGUCCCCCUCCUUCCGUGGAACACUGCAAGAAGUGCAAGUCCCAGUUCUGGGAAAUAGGCAAUGUAACUGCCUGAACGGAGUUGGUUUAGUCACGGACAAUAUGAUCUGUGCCGGUUUUCUAGAAGGAGGGAAAGACACCUGUCUGGGCGACUCAGGGGGUCCGAUGGUGAGCCAGCAGGAUGGCAUCUGGAUCCAGUCUGGAAUCAUCAGUUUUGGAUUUGGCUGUGCUCGGCCCAACAACCCAGGGGUUCAUACCAGAGUGUCGCGCUAUCAGUCGUGGAUCAACUCUCACUUGGGCUCCGAUAAGCCGGGCUUUGUGCAGUUCAACUUCAGUGGGAUGGACGCUGACAGCAACUACACUUGUCCCGGUCUGACUCGUCCUGUUACUGAAGAACCGUAUAGCACUUUCACAACAGCUGCAGCCGUCACCGAAGAUACGGUGUCCGUCAUGUCAAGUGCUGAAUUGUGCGGCAACCAAACGGUGAACUCAAAGAUAGUCGGAGGUCUAAAUGCUUCUGAAGGGAUUUGGCCCUGGCAGGCCAGCGUGCAAAUUUUUGCUGCUCAUGUUUGUGGCGGUUCACUCAUUAACAGAGAGUGGGUGAUGUCUGCCGCCCACUGCUUCUCCAGCGCAAGUACAUUCGGAUGGUCGGUUUCUCUCGGUCGUCAGAACCUGCAAGGAAACGACUCAAACGAAGUGACCAAGACUGUCGCCACCAUCGUUUUGCAUCCAGGCUUCAACAUUUUCACCCUGGACAAUGACAUCGCUCUGCUCAGACUCUCCUCGCCAGUCACGUUCUCAGACUACAUCAGACCCGUGUGCCUGGCUGCCACCAGCAGCGUGUUCAACAAUGGUACUCGCAGCUGGGUCACUGGUUGGGGCACAGUCCAGGGCGGAGUGCCUAUUCCUUUCCCUGGAGCGUUACGAGAAGUGGAAGUCCCGGUUCUGGGAAACAGACAGUGUAGCUGCCUAAUCGGAGUGGAUUUGGUCACCGACAAUAUCAUCUGCGCUGGUUUUCCAGAUGGAAAGAAAGACACGUGUCUGGGAGACUCGGGAGGCCCGAUGGUGAGCAAGCAGGAUGGCAUCUGGAUCCAGUCUGGAAUCAUCAGAGUUGGAUCUGGCUGCGCUGGGCCAAAUGACCCAGGGGUUUUUGCGAGAGUGUCCCGCUACCAGUCGUGGAUCGGCUCUCACGUGGGCUCCGAUAAGCCGGGCUUUGUGCACUUCGACUCCAGUGGGCCGGACGCUGACAGCAACUACUCUUGUCCUCGACCACCUCCUGUUGUCGUGCCCAGUGCUGAAUUGUGUGGCAGCCCAGCGCUCAGCACAAAGAAGAUUGUCGGUGGCGAAGAUGCCCAAGAGGGAAGUUGGCCCUGGCAGGCUAGCCUGCAGGCUUUUGGUCACCAUGUUUGUGGCGGUUCACUCAUUAACAGAGAGUGGGUGAUGUCUGCCGCCCACUGCUUCUCCAGCACAAGUACCUUUGGAUGGGAAGUUUCCCUUGGUCGUCAGAACCUGCUAGCAAGCAACCCAAACGAAGUGACCAAGACUGUCGCCACCAUCGUUUUGCAUCCAGGCUUCAACAUUUUCACCUUGGACAAUGACAUCGCUCUGCUCAGACUCUCCUCGCCAGUCACGUUCUCAGACUACAUCAGACCCGCGUGUGGUCACCAUGUUUGUGGCGGUUCACUCAUUAACAGAGAGUGGGUGAUGUCUGCCGCCCACUGCUUCUCCAGCACAAGUACCUUUGGAUGGGAAGUUUCCCUUGGUCGUCAGAACCUGCUAGCAAGCAACCCAAACGAAGUGACCAAGACUGUCGCCACCAUCGUUUUGCAUCCGAACCACAACCGCUCCAGCCAUGACAAUGACAUCGCUCUUCUCAGGCUCUCCUCAGCAGUCACAUUCACCGAUGACAUCAGACCUGUGUGCCUGGCAGCCAAUGGCAGUGUGUUCAACAAUGGUACCGACAGCUGGGUCACUGGUUGGGGAAGAGUUCAGGAAGGAGAGUCCGUCCCCUUGCCUAAAAGGCUCCGAGAAGUGCAAGUCCCGGUUCUGGGAAACAGACAGUGUAACUGCCUGACCGGAGGCAGCUCGGUCACAGACAAUAUGAUCUGUGUGGGGGUCCUGGAACAAGGGAGAGACUUUUGUCGGGGCAACUCAGGAGGUCCGAUGGUGAGCGAGCAGGAUGGUGUCUGGAUCCAGUCUGGAAUCGGCAGUUUUGGCUUUGGCUGCGCUCGGCCCAAUCUGCCCGGGGUCUACUCCAGAGUGUCCCGCUACCAGUCGUGGAUCAGCUCCCACAUCGGCUCGGACGAGCCGGGCUUUGUGCAGUUCAACUCCGGCGGGCUGGACGUUGACAGCAACUCCACUUGCCCUCCACCUCCUCCUGAGGUUGCUCCUUCAGAAGAACCGGAUCCCAUCUCAAAAACGCCAAGCCCAACACUACCAAGUCCCACCGGUCACGUUUGCGGCACUGCACCUUUGAACAAUCGCGUAAAAAGUGACCGUGGAUUGGUCGCGGGUGGAACGUGGCCUUGGCUCGUCAGUCUCCACAAAAACGGAGCGUACACCUGUGCGGGAACUCUCAUCUCUUCAAGCUUCGUCCUCACUUCUGCCGAGUGCUUCUCCAACCCCGCUCCAAAUGCCAGUGACUGGACCGCAUAUCUGGGACAAAAACUUGUCAACGGCGUGGAGGAGUUCCAAGUCUUUUCAGCGAUUGCCAAUAUUGCUGUAAGCAAACUGCAAGGUUCCAACGUCGCCGUGCUGCAGCUAAGGGAAGACGUCAGCUUCUAUGAAUACCUCCAGCCUGUGUGUUUGGACAUCAGCGGUGCCGUAUCCUUCCCUUUCGGAACCCGGUGCUGGACGGCUGGCUGGGGGCAGGCAAACGAAGAUCCAAGCGUUGAGAAAUCUGCCGGUCUAAGAGAACUUGAAACUGUGGUCGUCAGUUGCGGGAGUGCCGCUUCCGAUCGGGAGAACAUUUGUACCUCUUCUUUGGACCUACAACAGGGGGAUGUUGGUGGCCCUCUGAUCUGCAAGGCAGACUCAUCUUGGUUCCUGGCAGCCGUUGUUGCAACAAGUGGUCGACCCCCCCUUGCCGACAUUCAGGUCUUUUCCAAAAUGGCGCGUUUUGGAUGCUUCUUGAAGGAAACGGUCGGCGACCUGCCGUCUCCUGCGGCUCCCUCCUCGGCAGGAGCUCCAAGUUCCUAUGGGUGCUCGUUCCUUUCCUUCUCUGUGGCUUGGACCUCCGUCUACCUGGCCUCACGCGUGUGUCAUGGAGCAGCUUGAAACUUUUCAUUGCUGCUCUUAGAAUACAAUGUCGCCACGCAAAAGCACUUAAUGCGCUGAUCAGGUCAUGACUUGGAGCUUCAAGUGUGCU